AGGGGUCGGAGAUUAGAGUAGAGCAUGGUCCGGGUCUGCAGCGGCCUCGGUGGGACUCUGUUGGCUGUGUGUGGUGCGCUUGGCGGGCCGCCGUGUUAGCAGAGCUGUGCCCCGAACCGAAGACUGAGGGGGAAGAUGAAGACCAGGGUGGCAGCAGCGGGAGCAGCAGCGGGAGGAGAAGGAGGCUUGCGGUGUUUACUGUUCGUCGUCCUUUCUUGCCUUCGUGUUCUGCGCGCACAGGAGAACCAGGUGGUAUUCUCUUUGGGAACGUUCCAGAAUGUGAGUGUACCUGUGAAUGGGAGUGUCCAGGCGGUCGUGUCCCGAAUCCCUGCUGACGUGGCCUUCGUUACACUGCAGUUCCACACUCAACAUCACAACGCUACUCUCUCAUUCAGAAGUGUUCCGGUGUAUGGUUCUUCACUCACAGCGGUUGAUUCUGGAUUGCUGUUUCCCCUCUUGCCAUCUCAGUCCUCUCUUUCCUGCUACCUACUAGCCCCUGAUGGUGAUCCUGUUGCAGGCACUGGUGUUCUGUUGCCCUACAAAAGCACUGAUCCUGUUCCUGGGGCUUGUAAUCUGGAGUUUCCACUGGAGAACGAUCCAAACAUCUACUUGCGUUACAACAUUUAUGAGACAGUCAUUCGCUUUGCUCCCGCUAACAUUGGACAUGCAAGAGAUGUCACUCCCCCUGCCUGUGAUGUGGACACAGGCUCCAGCACUCGCUGGCGGUUAGAGUAUGAUGUGUAUCAAUACUUCCUUCCUGAGAACGACCUAUCAGAGCAGAGCCUUGUCAGCGGCAUAGAGAGGGUUGCCAGUGUGUCAAGCAUGGAGGAAAAUGGGAGAAAGCUGAUGACGCUAUCCUCUAAAGACCGCACAGAACUGUCCUUUAACUCCAUCCCAGGACAGGGAGUUAUCUACUCCAUCAUCGUGAGAGACCCCAUCACUAAUACCUCAGCCUCCUACAUCCCUGUUCACACCUAUGCCUGCAGCUUUGCCUCCAUUCUAGACGGCUGCACCACAUUAGGGAAAAUAUCCACCAAAGUGUUUUUCACCAUUACGGGACUUGCAGGGCUCUUUGUGUGUUUCUUGGGUCAUCGGUUUUUCAAAUGUGAGCUCUUCUGUAUGGGCUUUGCCUUUGGAGCUUUCUUCUUCUUUGUGCUGAUCACAAGAACCACCAUGCUGGAUUACAACAUUCGACUGACCCUGACAGCAGUGAUAGGUGUGGUUGGAGGUGUGAUUCUGGUGAUGACGUGGUGGAGGUUCGGUUCAGUGAUGGCUUGUGUCGUUGUGGUCGGUCUCAUUCUCGGCUUUCUCGUCUCCUCUAUCGUCUUCUUCACACCUCUCGGUGACCUGGCCGUGUUUCGUAAUGACGUGGUGUUCUGGGUGACGUUCAGUUGCAUUGUGCUAAUUGUGCCCCUCUUCUUCAUCCGAUGGCCAAGAGAGGGAAAUAUAACAACAUGCGGCAUAGUUGGGGCGUACAUGGUUGUGCUGACGGUUAAUGCCUACACCUACACAAGCCUGUCUUACAUCACCAUGGAUAUCCUUAAACGCUUCCUCAACAGUAACUUCAGCAGAGCUUUCAUCUCAGUGCCACUGCAGAACAUCGAUUUCAUCAUGAUCACCGUGUGGGUGGUUCUGGCGGUCUCGGGCAUUGUGGUGCAGCUCUACAGGGAGCGUUCACGGCCCUUCUUCCCACCUAGCCCGUACGUGAUGUGGCGCCAGGAACGUGAGAGGCGGAAGACCAAUGUCCUAGACCCGAGCCAUCACAUUCCCUCGUUCCCCGCACGCCUGCUGGCCCGUGCACGCCAGCUCACACGCCACACGGAGCCUGCGGGUGAGCGCACGCCCCUCCUGCUCUGACUUUCUGACCUUUCACUGAUCUUUGUGUGGAUGGUCUACUGAGCCUGUGUCCUUUCGGCUCCUGGAUGAGGACGCACGAAGGUGACGACAGGAGGACCGGUCCAAAGGCCCAAAGAGGCAAGAGGCCCUGCUAUCCUGCAAAUUACUAGGAUUUUGGGGUCUCUGAAUAUGAACCAUUCAGUAGCUUCCUAUAAUUCUUGAUUGUGCUUUUUCCUACCAGAGCAUAGUGCCUGCAGUGCUCACUACUACAUGGGGCAUAGUGUUCUUAAAAAUCGGCCGUAUGGCUGGUCACCUUGGUAUGAUUUGGCCAGCGGCCUGCCUCUAGCCUCACAGUGAGUUUUUAUGUGUAUAUACUGCUCUUGCAACAGCCCUUGUAGAUUGUGAGCUUGUAUGGGGCAGACAGUAAAAGGACAUAAGUUAUAAUGUACUGACAGACUCUGCAAUGGAUUAAGUAAACAUAUAAAAUGUAUCAGGACUGGGCUCGCCCUAUAAGAAGAGCUUCGGUAAAAUGGAUGGACUACAAGCCCUCGGUCAAACCACAGACUUUUUUUUUGCUGUUUUUAACCAUGUGAAGGAAGGAUCUUGCCACAGGCAAAAAAACAGCAAAAUAAUUACGAGGCACAAUGAAUGGUUGUUUUUAAAACCUGUGUCGUUCCCCCCCUUCAUUCUAAAAGAUGCUUGCCUGAUGAGCUGCACACUUCCUAAUGUACUGGAAAGCUUGUCUCACCAUUCAGUCUCUGGUUUUUAAACUCUUUGUUUCCAAUAUCAGUUCUAUGUGACUAGAUAUUUCAAAGCUUGUAUGUUGUUGUUUUUUUUUUUUUUUUUUUUUUUUUCUCUAAUCAAAGGUGAGUUACCCAAAAGCACAAAGGUCACUCUAAGAAGGUAGAGAAUCACUUUGAACACCCUCUCUAAUAGUUCUCCUGAUCUUAACACUGUGAUGCUUUUGGGAAACUGAGCCUGACUUCUUCACUUGUGUCUCAGAAUGCUUGUGCUUAAUAGAUUGCUGUUUUUUAAAGUGGAUGAAUUAUGGAAAAAAAGCCCAGACAGACCAAAGCCAAGAACGUGGAAGGUAUAUCCCUUUGGUUUGCCUUUUUUAAAUAAGUCAUUGAUUUAGGGAGUCAUCAUGUGUUGAUUUAAUCUAAUUACUGACAAGUUUAGUUUGUGCCACCGAUCAUUAGCUAGAUUAUAGGCACAUGUAAUGAUAACCUUUUAUAGGAAACAUUUACUGUGGGAUUCUCAUAGGUUAUCAAUGAAAUCCUUGGAGGAAGAUGACCGCAGACAUCUGUCAGUUAACUCUACCUGUGCGUCCUUCUGGUAAAUUUUCCUUCAGUACUUCUUAGCCACGCUUGUGAUUCAGAUCUUGUACUUAUUUCCUUGUUACAUCAGAUGCUACAGUUAAUCUGAACUUUGAAUUUGUUUCUAACAUUUUGUCACAUUUUGCACUUAGCAUGGGAGUGAUAUUGAAUAUGAAAUAAGGAAUUUUAUGUAGACAGUGUCGCAUACUACUACUGGGUAUUUGUCACGUGGGCCCUGAAAAGCUGUUUACUCUUACUGCAGGAAUUUGCACAUCCAGGGAAUCCUGGAGAAUAUUGGGACGGGGUAUUGAUAGGAAUAUUAUAACCACAUUUAUGCUGUAAACCCCCUGCUGAAUGUCUAAAGGGGAAGCCAAAAUGUCUCCAUAAUUAAGCUGCUGUUGACAGUGGUUUGAUGUGAAACGUUCCAUUCUAGAGAAAUGUAUCGUAUCAGAAUCGCUUACAGCAGUGGUCUCCAAAAGAGUUUGUCUCUAAAAGCACCCCCUCACAGACAGUAAAUACAUGAAAUUUUGACCAAUGCUUUGCCUGAUGUCCGAGACUUUGUUUUACAAUAGUUUUAGGAUAAUAUUUUGGUUUUUAAAUCCAUUCUUGGCGGAGUGGUGGGUACAGGACGUUGUAAGGCAAAAUAGUAUCGAAAGAAAGCUUUUUAUCUUUAGGUUUACCACGCCGUACCAUCACGGACAUUACAUUUAAAAACUCACGACACAUGGGGGCAUGUGUUUUGGAUAAUAAAUAAAACGAGUGUUGUAGACGGUACAACCCCGAUUUCACAUCAAACCACGCUGAAUUAUGCAGAUAUUUCCGGCAGAGUCCCAUUUUUAAAAAGCACUUAUUUAGAGGAGAAUGAUCACUCGGUAAUGCUUAUGUGAAACGCACCGUCCAGAUGUCCAGACUUAGAAUUGGAAGUGUAGGAUUUGUUUAAAGGAAUUAAGGAGUGUAACUAAUCACUGCCAGUAUAUUUUAUACUCAUUUCUGUGUUCUCUAAAGGUCCCUCUGUGAAUGUUUCUUAGGUUCCAGACACAAGCCACAUAAGAAGAUUGGGAUGUUUAGCAGAUAAUCUGAGUGCUAAACCUACAUGCAGAACGCGCAGUGUGUUGUGAGUGCUCUGUUUAUUUGGGGGCCAACUUCUCUCUUCUCAGGGUUUUUGCAGUAUUUCCGCUGACUGCCACAGCCCCUUGUACUUGUCUUUGCUCUCGCAGUGAUAGGAACUGCAGUGUAUGAUGUAGCUUCAAACUGAUUGAUGUUCUUGCCUGAUGAUUGUAGGAACAUCUUAAAUUUGUCCAGUCUGAACUGACACUUCAAACACAUUUGUUGGUCAUGACUGCUUAUUUUCUAAGUCUUUUUUUUUUUUUUUCAAAAUAUUUAACUCUAUUUUGUAAUAGCUAAAUGUAAUAAAGUUGUUAAAGUGACA